CUGCACAGGCUUUAUUUACUCCAUAUGGUGUUUGACAUGGUACCCAGGGAAAAAACCGUGUGUGGGCGGAGGAAAAGCCUAGUAUUUUGUCCGUCCUGAAAUUUGAUUCAGAAGUUCAGGAUCGUGGAAGACAAAAAGCAAAGUGAGGGGGAGGGAAGAAAGGCAGAGAAGGACGGAGGCUUUUUUUUCCCAGCAAGAGUAAACUCACUAAGUAUUCUGCAACCUCCGACAAAAGCUGUGUGACUAUGAACACCUCAGGGCUUCAGGCCACUAACAGGCAGAACGUGAAGGAGCUCGACAGCAUGAAGGAGUCAAUCAGCGACAUCAUCAACCAACUCCAGGACAUCGACCCAGCUAGACUCUCCUUCUCCCCCUUCCUGGACCUGGACACUCAGAUCUCCUUGGCACCGGUGUCAGACAGCCCCGAGUCCUCAGUGGAGGAGCUGCACUUGUCCUCCCACUCUGUCUCUGGCUCCCAGCGCUCCCUUGAACCGCCACCAGCAGCAAAUCAGCCAGAGAACUCUGCUCCCUGCCGCCCUGAGCCCGGUGACGGCCUCCCAGAAGAGCCACGAGCAGAUCAGACAGAGGAAGGGGAGUUGGAUCAAACUCUUUCCAGUCCGAUCAUCACAGGGCAUGGUUUGGAUGCCGCCACGGAAAACUGCAUCAGCACUCCAACCCUGGCCUCUCAGGGAGACAUUCCCAACGGCACAGACAUGCCGAGAUGGAGUCCAGAAUCCACCACUCUGGAGUGCACCACAGAUGAGGGCCGACCUCUGAUAGGCCCACUGCCGGAGAGCGUGGAGCUGACAGUGUGGAGCUCAGAGGGGCGGGGAGAGACUUGCGAGGGUGCAGGCGAGGCUUCAGAUCGGGGACGAUGCUGCUGCCAUCCUGGCCUCUCUUCUGUGUGCGGCUGGGAUCCUUUAUGCACUCUAUUUCUAUGUUCCUAUUAA